AAAAAAAACAAAAAAAAGAAAAAUAAAAAAGAAAAAGAAAAAGAAUUAAACCGAUCGUUUUUACACCCUUAGAGGUCAACCAAAAGGGGACACCCCCUUUCCCGUUGGUCAGUGCCAUUUUCAAGGACAGGAACAGAGGGAGAGGGAGAGAGAGAAACGAAGUAUUGGGAAGGAAAGACAGAGAGAGAAACAGAGAGAAAGCAAAGCAUGUAUGUCUGGGUAGUGUAGGGGAGGAUAGGGGGCAAAGCUUCAGCAUUUGGUCUCUCUAUCUCUCAGCAAACCUCCCUUUUUUGUGACCCUUUGCUCCUUUCCUUGUCGCCCUUCUUCCCGGCAACAUUUCCCGGCCAUCCCUCGCCGGAAUUUCCCUGCCGGAAGCUCACACUGCUCCUUUCUUUACCUCUCUGUCUCAAAGCUUGUUCCUUUUCCUUCUUCUUUCUUUCAGUCCUUUUUGUUUGAAGGAAAAUAUUUCAGCAAGUUUCCAUUCUUAUCCCCUCUUUGUUGUUGUUUGCUAAGCUGAUCUGAGCUCAGCUUACAGACUCCAAAAAAAAAAAAAGAAAAAGAAAAAAAAAACUGAUUUUGGGUUUUUUAGUUUUCUUUUUUCGAUCUGAGUGGGUGUUCAAACAGUUGAAUAGAGUCAGUAAAGACAAUUUUUUUUUUGGCUGCCGGCGAGAUGAACCAGUGAGUGUUAGGUUUACUGAUUGGGUCUAAGUCACCGGGACGAGCAAUGAAGACGCCGGCGAAUGGUGCCGGAGCUGGCUCUGCUGCAGCUGCGCCCAAUACUUGUGAAGGGGCAGAGAAGAAGAGCAUAAAUCCGGAGUUAUGGCAAGCGUGCGCCGGGCCACUGGUGAACUUGCCGCCGGCUGGGACCCACGUUGUCUACUUCCCUCAAGGCCACAGCGAACAGGUUGCGGCAUCUAUGAAGAAAGAUGUAGAUGCUCAAAUCCCGAACUAUCCAAAUCUGCCCGCUAAGCUUCUAUGUCUCCUCCACAAUGUCACCUUGCAUGCCGAUCCAGAAACAGAUGAAGUAUAUGCUCAGAUGACAUUACAGCCAGUUCCUUCUUUUGACAAGGAAGCAUUAUUGAGAUCAGAUCUUGCACUCAAGUCGAAUAAGCCCCAACCAGAUUUUUUCUGUAAAACGUUGACAGCAAGUGAUACAAGCACUCAUGGAGGAUUCUCAGUGCCCCGCCGUGCAGCUGAGAAGAUUUUCCCUUCUCUUGAUUUUUCCAUGCAACCACCUGCUCAAGAAAUUGUGGCCAGGGAUUUGCAUGAAAAUGUUUGGACCUUCCGUCAUAUCUAUCGCGGACAACCAAAACGCCACUUGCUAACUACUGGAUGGAGCCUCUUUGUUAGUGGAAAGAGGCUUUGUGCUGGUGAUUCUGUCUUAUUUAUCAGGGAUGAGAAGCAGCAGCUUCUUUUAGGCAUUAGACGUGCUAACAGGCAACCCCCCAACUUAUCAUCAUCAGUAUUGUCAAGUGAUAGUAUGCAUAUUGGAAUUCUAGCAGCUGCAGCUCAUGCUGCUGCCAACAACAGUCCGUUCACAGUAUUCUACAAUCCUAGGGCUAGUCCAUCGGAAUUUGUUAUCCCUUUGGCCAAGUACUACAAGGCAGUGUAUAGCAACCAAAUAACACUUGGCAUGCGGUUUCGCAUGAUGUUUGAAACUGAAGAAUCAGGAACUAGAAGGUACAUGGGUACAAUUACAGGCAUUAGUGAUCUUGACCCUGUUAGAUGGAAGAAUUCACAAUGGCGAAAUUUGCAGGUUGGUUGGGAUGAGUCAACUGCGGGGGAAAGGCGUAAUCGGGUCUCAAUAUGGGAAAUUGAACCUGUUACUGCUCCAUUUUUUAUCUGCCCCCCACCAUUUUUCAGAUCAAAGCGUCCAAGGCAACCAGGAAUGCCAGAUGAUGAGUCUGACUUGGAUAACCUAUUCAAGAGAACAAUGCCUUGGCUUGGUGAUGAUAUUUGCAUGAAGGAUCCCCAGCCUCUCUCUGGCCUAAGCUUAGUCCAGUGGAUGAACAUGCAAAACCCUUCCAUGGCCAACUCCAUACAGGCUAAUUACAUGCAUAACUUUUCUGGAUCUGUUCUUUCAAAUCUUGCUGGAGCAGAUCUUUCUCGGCAGUUAGGCUUGUCAGUGCCUCAAAUACCUCAGGCAAACAACUUACAAUUCAAUGCCCAAAGACUACCACAGCAAGCACAACAGCUUGAUCAACUGCCAAAGUUACCAUCUCCAUUGAACCAUCUAGGAUCCAUUAUGCAGCCUCAACAACAAUUGAGUGAUGUUUCUCAGCAGCCAAGACAAAAUAUGGUUAAUCAAACUCUACCUUCGAGUCAAGUUCAGGCCCAGGUUCUGCAACCUCAGACUCUUGUCCAGACAAAUAAUAUCCUUCAGCAGCAACCAUCUGUUCAAAGCCAUCAGCUUCAAAGAAACCUCUCCCAAAACCUGCAGCAGCAGCAGCAGCCACCAAUGAUGAGUCAAAACCAACAGCAAAAUGUAAUUCAACCUCAACUGCCUGAUCAGAUAAAUCAACAGUUGCAACAUUUACCUGAUAAUCAGCUCCAGCUGCAACUUUUACAGAAGCUUCAACAGCAACAGCAGUCACUUCUAGCCCAACAGUCUUCGAUGCAGCAGCCUGCUCAACAUACUCAAGUCCAAGAGCAGCAGAGGCCACUGUUAGAUGUGUCUCAGAGCUUGUCAAGGCCUGUGACUUCCAGCCAAAUGCUCGAGCUGCCUCAAACAACCCCAGCUUCACUUCCACAGUCAAAUACUAUCACACAGCAGAUGAUCAAGAACAAUAAUAGCCAAACCAAUGCUCGUUUCUCUCAAACUCCUCAUCAGCAAAAGCUUCAUCAACAGCAAACUGGUGUGAUACCUGAAACGAUGGGGAACAUGGGACUUACCCCUAACCCAACAACAAAUCAUCUUACAACAGCUGGUAGCAGUGUCAUGACAGGAGCUGCGGGAGCAGGGCAGUCUGGAAUUACUGAUGAUGUUCCAUCUUGUUCAACAUCACCAUCUACCAACAACUGUCCAAAUGUAGUUCAACCAGUGAUAAACAACAGGACUCAUCAAAGUACACUGACAGCAGAAGACAUGGCUCAGUCUGCCGCCACUAUCUUAAGUCCCACUGCCUUGGAAACAAUGCCAUCUAGUGCUAACUUGGUUAAAGAUUUCCACCAGAAGUCUGAAGUUAAGCCUUCAUUGAACAUUCCAAGGAAUCAAUGUCAAGGAAUUUUUACCCCACAGACGUACCUUAAUGGUACAGCUGCCCAGACAGAUUACUUGGACACAUCAUCUUCGACUUCUGUUUGCCUUUCUCAGAAUGAUGUAAAUUUACAGCAGAAUCCCAACCCUUUGUCUUUCAAUCCACAAUCAAUGUUAUUCAGAGAAUCCAGUCAAGAUGGGGAAGUUCAGGCAGAUCAUAGAAACAAUGUUUCAUAUGGGAAUACCAUUGAUGGCCAAUUAGGGAUACCUUUGAAUCCUGAUCCUUUGUUGGCUAAGGGCUUCGUGGGAUUAGGAAAAGAUUUUCCAAAUAACCUCUCUUCAGGAGGCGUGCUUGGCAACUACGAGAGUUCCAAAGACGCUCAACAGGAACUUUCAUCUUCAAUGGUUUCCCAAUCCUUUGGAGUUCCAGAUAUGACAUUCAAUUCGAUUGACUCUACAAUAAAUGAUAGCAGCUUCUUGAAUAGAGGCCCGUGGCCCCAGCCACAACAAUUUCAGCGGAUGCGGACUUAUACAAAGGUGUACAAACGUGGAGCUGUUGGGAGAUCCAUAGAUAUCACACGGUAUACAGGUUAUGACGAGCUGAAACAAGAUUUGGCUCGGAGAUUUGGGAUAGAGGGACAGUUGGAGGACCGGCAAAGGAUAGGCUGGAAACUUGUGUUUGUGGAUCAUGAAAAUGAUGUCUUGCUGGUUGGAGAUGACCCAUGGGAGGAGUUUGUGAACUGUGUCCGCAGUAUCAGGAUCCUGUCCCCUCAAGAAGUCCAGCAGAUGAGUUUGGAUGGGGAUUUUGGUGGUAAUAUUGUACUUCCAAAUCAAGCCUGCAGCAGUUCUGAUGGUGGGAAUGCUUAGUUUAGUUCACCAAGAAGGCUGACUUAAUCUUGUUUGGAUGUAAAAAUUAAUUCUUGGAAUCUGUUCAUAGUUUUGAUGGCAUAAUGCCACAUUUCGGUCACAUCCAGUUGCUUCCUUUUGGGGGUUUAGAUAUGUAUGGUCCAGCUCAGAAAACUUAAGCACAAGUUCUUCUUCCUGAUGCUCCAGAACAGAGAAAGCAUUCUUCCUGAUUGAUUUUUGUGGCUUUAUCUCGUCCAAGUUCUAUUCAAGGAAGGGCAAGAACUCGUCGAUGUGAUUAUGAUUUUGGGAAAUGAAUACUAAUUCUAGUUGCAAUUUAUAUUUUUUUUUCACCUUUGGAAAUUCACACUCGAAAAGUAUAAUGUAUAAAGUAGAAGGAACAAGCUUUUAUGGCUUAGUCGUGAGUGUGUAAAUGUGUAGAUUUCUGCUUUAAAUACUAUUAUAACUGCCAACUAGAAAUUUAAAAUACAAAUUUAUAUGAACUAGAUAACACAAUUAGGAAA